AUGAUCUCAAUUGAGAAAAGAUGGGUCUCUUUCAAUUACACCCUCCAAUGCGUACUUCCGAUCAAUUAUUUCGUAGAGAAGAUAUACGUCUUUCUGUGGUUCUGGUUUCUUCUUCUGGGUGCCUUUACCGCUUUCAGCACACUACAAUGGGCCUUCAAUACUUUAGUGCCGGUGAGACGAAUCGCCUAUAUCAAACAGUAUAUUCGAGCUAUUCGGCAGUUGUCCAACACCGAAGAGCGCGAUUGUACACGCUUCGUGAACAACAAUCUUGGUCCAGAUGGAGUUCUCAUUCUCCAAGUAGUAUCCCGAGCAUCCAGUGACCUCAUAGCCCUAGACGUCACAGCCACUCUCUGGAACAAUUACCGACAUGCAAAGAUUACCGGUACGGAAGAGGACUUUAGUCGGUUUAUUGAAAACGUGAACAGGGGAACAUCAGCUGUAUAG